GGGAGGGCAGGAUGGUUGGUGUAGCUUCCCACUGGGGAGGUAAUGGGCAGGAGGAGAGGGAGGCCGGCUGCAGGUCUGGCUCUGCCUUGUGUGACCUAGACCAGUCCCCUCCUGCCCUUGAGCGAGCAACUCCUCUGUGAAAGGUCCCCUUGAAGGCCCUCCAGCUGUGACAUCCUGGAUUGGGGGGGGUCUCCCCCUGGACAGGACUGUCCUGUGGUUUCUCCGAGGCCUCUCCUCCAUGUCUCCCUCCUGUCUGUCCUCAUCGUGUGUCCUGACGGGGACGGACAGCCGGGGAGUCUGCUUGGGCCCCGUCAGAACCCAGAGCCCAGGACCACCUGUGGUCACCUCCUCCGCCCUCCACGGGGGGAGGCAUGCAUCUUCGAGGCUCCCUGCAGUCCUCAGGCUUCCACUGUCUCUGUCUCUGCUCCUGAGCAGGUGUGCACCCCGGUGUGCAUGGCCCGCUCCGGACAGUGAGCUGCCUUGGCCGAGGUUGUGGGGGUCGGGGGACGGAGCAGCUGCUCAGGAACAGCCUGACCGGAGCCACGCAGCAGCUGCCCAUGAUCGGCAGAAACGUCAGCGUCCGUGUCCCUGUCCCCUGGGGUGGACUCCUCUGACCCACGCUGGAGGCACGGAGAGCGACAGUGUGGGCUCAGGAUUCCUGGGGAGCAGCCUGUGGGCAGGUGCCGCCCUGGGAGCAGAUCUGCUGUCCCUCGGGGAGCCCUUGUUGGAACAAGGGCGGCUUCUCUGACUCGGGGCUGGCGUCCUGUGUGCACCACACUCUGCGUAUUUGCGCACGAGAUGGGCCGUGGCCGUGGACUGGGUGGGGACACGGGUGUGACGGACACUGUCGUUCUGUGCAUUAAUUCAUGAGGAACUGCCAGGCUCAUUCACAGGAGGAAUGUUCCUUAGAUAUAAUGGGACAUAAUGUUCUCAUCAGUCUGGCGAAGGGCAGAAAGCUUGAUCACCGUGUGCCGGUGGGAACCUCAGCAUUAUUGCGGGGAGAGCCGCCGGGGUCGCUCUCAGGAGGCGAUGAGCAGGGUCUGUCCGAGGCUGAGAUGGAGCUGCCUUUGGCCGAUUAGACCCCCCAUGUGUCAUCCCAGUGUCUGCACAGCCAUGCGUGCUGUCCACACAGAAGCCCUGUCCUGCGGGCCGGCGCGGCGAGCUCACCAGGCGCUCACCAGGCGCUCACCGUCUCCGUCACAUUUUCUCGUCCCUGGCAGUGGGCCCGGCCGGGUGGCGAGUGCGGCCACAAGCACGAGCCGAGAUCCCGCUAUUUCUAGACGGCGAGAGAUACCUCCAGGGGCGAUUCCACAGUCUGUGUCUCUGCUGUGGCCCCUGUGGCAGGUAUCAGGGCAGGGAGUCUUGCCCGCAGACCCUCCCUCAGUCUGGGGAGCUCCCCUGUCCUCAGACCCGGGGCUCCUGGACGUGUCAGGGACAGCAUCCCAGCGUUGCUGAGCCUGACUGCGGGCCUGCUCUGGAAGGGGACAGGGCGCCACCUCCGUCAGCGCCGUGGUCACCUGUGGGGGGGUCACCUGCCGCCCCUCGGUGCCUGGACACACACCAGGUGUGGGCUCGCAGCUCGUGCAGGUCAGGACCCAGAGGACUACGGCUGGGUCCUCAGGUCCACUGAGACGGACAUUAGGUCUGGGCUGGGGCUGCAGGGACCUCAAGGGUCACCCAGGAGGCUGGGCGUCCAGGCGCCCGCAGGCGUACUUCCUGUGGAUGCGGGACAGAGGCCUCACCCGCCCUGGGUGUUGGCCAGAGGCUGUCUUCCUUCCCUCCCUGUGGGGGUCUCUCCACGGGGCUGCCCACAAUACCGUGGCGGGCUUCGUCACAGAGAGCAGGAGACAGGGUCACAGUAAGAUGGGGUCACACUCCUGUCGGACCUGCUGUCCCUGAGGGCCGUCCAUCACGUUAGUGGCACUCUGCUCCUUAGAGGGGAGUCCCCGUAAGUGGCCCCCUCCAGGACAGCUCACACGGCCUGUGGGCACGAGGGGUCUCUGCAGCCCUGUGAGAACCUGCCUCCUGCGGAAAUGCACUCGCUGUGGCCCCCGAAAUGUGUUCGUGCUUCAGAAUCUAGAUCUCCUGACAUUCGUCCUCUCGCUGUCAGGGGUCAGGACACUGCAGGUGUCUGCAGCGCUGUGACCCAGAGUCCUGGAGCCCAUGGGUCUGCCCUGGACGAUUCUGGAAACACUGUUACUCUGAAGGGGACUCAAGGAGCUUCUGUGCUGUUCCUAGUGAUCAGAAAUCCAGAAUUACCUCCAGAAUCUGAGUUAGAGAAGAUGUCUUGGGGCGUCGUAUCCAGAUCCAAUUACAUAGUUAUGCUGUAUGUGUUUCCUGGGAGAGAUGUUCCAGAAUGGGUCAACUUCCAGGAGAAGUUCGAGAAGAGGGUCCAUGUGCUCAAUGCAACGACCCUGAGGAUUGACAACCUGACCCUUGAGGACAGUGGGCUGUACCGGGCUCGAGUGUCCUAUAUGAGAGGAAGACAGUAUGACCAGGAUUUCCACCUGACAGUCUACGAGCCUGUGCCCCUUCCCCAGAUCCAGGCCAUGGAUCUGUCCCUCACACCAGGCUGGUGCAACAUCACCAUGGAGUGUAACACCACAGGAACCAGGGAGGACCUGACUGUGUCCUGGGACAGCGAGGGUCUCCCCAGGGAGCUGGAGCAGAGACCGACCCCAGGACCAGUGCCCAACCCCUGGACCCUGGCUGUGACCCUGCCCCUGAGCCGGCCCAGCCCCAGCCUCACCUGUGUGGUCAGCAACCAGGCGGACCAGAGAACUGCCACCCUGGACCUUGGGGACAUCUGUGGUCGUGAUCUACAUGGACCAUCUCUUGUUGCUCUCCUGCGUGACAUCCUGGGGACUAUUGUGGUCAUAUUGAUGAUCCUUGAAGCGGGACUAUACCUUUGGAUGAGACGUGGGAAGAAGAAGUUGGAGUCUGGGACAGGCAGGUUGCACUUUCCUCCCUGUACCCAGACACCACCUUCCCCUGCUGGACUCUGGGCUUCUUUCUUUCUUUCUUUCUUUGUCAGAGAGAGCGAGAAAGCACAAGCAGGCAGAGUGGGAGGCAGGCUCGCUGCUGAGCAGGGAGCCCGAUGUGGGACUCGAUCUCAGGACUCUGGAAUCAUGACCUGAGCCGAAGGCAGAGGAUUAACCGACUGAGUCACCCAGGUGUCCCUGGGCUUCUUUUCUCCUGCAUUUUGCUCCUCGGGGAAUGUCCCUGCAGGCGCUGGCUGGUGUGGCUGUGGCUGUGGCCAUGGGGUCAUGGAGGGGGAAGG